AUGCUGAGUCAUGACUGGCCGCGCGGCAUAUAUAACUAUGGGGAGAAACAGGAGUUGUUGAGGAGGAAGCGGCACUUCCGCGAGGAGGUCAACACCAAUACUCUGGGCAGCCCUCCUGGGGAACAGUUGCUUUGUCGUCUACGUCCACGCUAUUGGUUCUCGGCUCAUCUGCACUGCAAGUUUGCUGCCGUUGUAGCGCACUCGGUAGGUGCCGCGCAUUCUUUUAAAUCCUGUUCUAUGACCCGCUAG